CAUGAUGGCAGCGACAGAAAAACGCUACGAAAACCGUGAGCACGAGAGAGGAGCAGUGACUGCGUCCGUCCCUGAAGAUUUCACUGAUCUCUCCACCGUUCACCACUCCCUCGGCUCCCUCUCAGUGCAGGAGGGAGGAGAGAGUGGAGUUGACUGGAUUUCCCACCAGCUGAGUCAGGAGCAGGUGGAUCAGUUCUGGAGAGAUGGCUACCUCUCAAAUAUCCCAGUCCUCGCACAGCAACAAGUGCAGCUCCUCCUCAAGGACUACAAAACCUUCCUA